AUGGAAGAAAUCUUCAACUUGCCAUGGUACCUUAUUGGAAGAAAAGGAGCACAGUUAUGUCCAGAUUACUCUGAGAUUAACAAGAUUACAUAUAGCGAUGAUGGCCAUGGUAAUGCCUACGAUGGUGAAAUUAAUUAUGAUUUAGAAAAGUCUAAGCCAUCUCAAGAGUAUGUCGAAGACAACAGACUAAUGAAAAAAGAUUCAAACGAAGAAGAUGAUAAGUCCAUCAAGGAAAAAUCUUAA